AUGGAAGAAGCCCAAGAAAAAGAAAUGGAUAAUGUCGCAAGUUUUAAAGCUGGCCAUUCAUUUACUGUAGCUGGAAAACAAUACUAUGACACAUCUCAGUCAAUUAAUUUGUUAGUAUCAUCAAACAGAUACGGUCAUGUCUUCUAUGCGACACAAAACAAAGGGCUUGCUAUUUUACCAUCCUCUUAUAUCGAUAAAAAUUCAAAACAUUUGACAAAGACAUUAGAAGAAACUGUCGAUGCUGAUGAUACGGCUAAUAAUGAUAAUGUUUCAGAUGAAAAUGAUAUAUAUUAUGCUCCAUUUAUGUCUACAAACAAUUCAUAUGUACCCAUAUGGUUAGCAUUAAAUUCAGAUGAAACAAUUCUAUCUGUUCUAUUAUCUGAUGAAAAUAAUUGGAUGAUUAUUUUAUACGAUGUUAUUAAACUUAUUCAAAUGAUAGAUAAUUCAACAUUAUGUUCAAUGAGUUUUAGUGAUAGUGUAGGGGGUACUAUUCAUAGUUUAGCAUGGAAUCCAGUUAUUAAUAAUUUAUUUGCUCUUAUGGACGGUAGUGGAAGUGUGUAUACAUAUGAAUAUGAUACAAAUAUAAAAACUAUUAAAAAUUCUGGAAAAUCUGAACAAAAUGAAGAUAAUGCAUGUCUUUGUUGGAGUCCAAAAGGUAAACAUUUGGUGGUGGCAAAUUAUGAUGGUUCAAUUCAAUUAUAUGAGACUAAUAUGAAAUUGGGAAAUGCAUAUCCAACAGCAAAUCCAAAUUCAUCAGCAAUAUGUGUGAAUAUACUAUGGUUAUCAGCAAAAACAUUUUUAUUUGGUUAUUGUAAUUCUGAUAUUGAUGAUACGGAAAAUAAUUUAGAUAAUAAUGAAGAAAAUUUCUAUUUAUUAUCGGCUACAUAUGAAAAACAUAAAAAUACCUCAAAAAUAUUAAUUUACAAUGAUUUAUUUUUUGAUGUUGAUUCGUCAAGUUCAGAUAUUCAAGGUCGAUACUUUUUUUCAAGUAUUACAGACUGGAAAGUCAUCUUUUGUGGUUUGACAAAAUCUGCUAAAGUCAAUGUACUUGGUGGCAAUGAACUAUCACCGCCAAUUGAUAGAGCUUUUGAAGGGCUACAAAAUGGCUAUCUUUUUUAUGUUCCAACAUAUAAAGACCUAAAACUGAAAAAACUAUUUUUCGGAUUACAAUGUAAUGAAGAUUGA